GCCCCGCGCCCCGCCGCCGCGGAGAGAAGCCGGGCUGGGUUCGGAGCUGCUCAUGGAGAAAGUGCCGGGAGACAUGGAGAUUGAGCGCAGGGAGCGGAGCGAGGAGCUGUCCGAGGCGGAGAGGAAGGCGGUGCAGGCUACGUGGGCCCGGCUCUAUGCCAACUGCGAGGACGUGGGGGUGGCCAUCCUGGUGAGGUUCUUCGUGAACUUCCCCUCGGCCAAGCAGUACUUCAGCCAGUUCAAGCACAUGGAGGAGCCCUUGGAAAUGGAGCGGAGCCCCCAGCUGCGGAAGCACGCCUGCCGGGUCAUGGGGGCUCUCAACACAGUCGUGGAGAACCUGCACGACCCCGACAAGGUGUCUUCCGUGCUCGCCCUCGUGGGCAAAGCCCAUGCCCUCAAGCACAAGGUGGAGCCUGUGUACUUCAAGAUCCUCUCUGGGGUCAUCCUGGAGGUGGUCGCCGAGGAGUUUGCCAACGACUUCCCCCCGGAGACGCAGCGAGCCUGGGCCAAGCUGCGGGGCCUCAUCUGCAGCCACGUGACCGCUGCCUACAAGGAAGUGGGCUGGGUACAGCAGGUCCCCAACGCCACCACCCCACCGGCCACGCUGCCGUCUUCGGGGCCGUAGGACCCCUGUCUCCUCUCCCCUCCCUGGCAGCACCUUGAGCUGAAAGCCGAGUUCGGAAGACCCUCCUUGACCCUCUACUUCUGGGUGCCAAGGAAGCUGGAGGAAUCCCCGACUCGUCUUCCCGGAAGGAGGCCUCCACGCGGCAGCCACAGUCUCCCUGGAGCUGCCAGGAUGCGGCACUGGCUG